AUGCAAUGUAUACCUACUUAUGACCUCGAAGUAGCGGGUACACUCAAUCUUUCAAGCCCACGAGUUGGAAAUCAAAUGAUGAACAGACACUCCCAGUUGAUGAAUCAGCAACUCUCUAUGUACGUGGGUAAAUCCAGUGGAACCAAUGUGGAAAAGAAAACAGCUAGAACGACCCAAGUCGAUAUCAGUAUACAAAGUCGGUGGACGGGCGCAUCGACAGCCAGAGAAAAAGAAGGGAAAGAAGAAAAGAAAACGCGCAGAAGACACAAAAUCGAAUACGCUAAAACUCCGGUCCCAUGCGCAGCACCACAAGAGCAAAGAACAACCCCCACUGCAAAUCACGGGCAUGACAAAGGCGUCAAACGAAGACAAGGUGAUACACAGCAAUCCCCGUAA